AGCACAUUAAAACAAGCACUGGUACAGUUGGUUAUGAUAAUAAUUGUUUUUAUUAAACCAGUCGUGUUCUCGUGAUAAAUGUGAAUCACUGCAAAUUGCAACGGUUUUCAUUCCCGCAUAUCAGUAGCUGUUUAUCAUCUCUGUUUCCCCUGUUAUUAUUUUAGUUCGGUCUUCUUACACAUUACCAAAUCAUGAAUUUCUUUGUUAUUCUUGAAGCGGGCAUCUUUACUUGGCACUCUAACUGUUACCUUAAUAUUUACACAUAUCUCAACCACAUGCAUGCUAAUGUUAUGGUUCAUGGUAUUCAGAAGCCCUUCACCUAUAAAACAAAACAGUCACUCAAGUACAGGAUAUAAAACUCUUAAAACAACUGUUCGGUCGACUAGAAUCAGUGUAGUAGUAUGACUACACUAUCAUCCAUUGGACAUAAUCAAAUACCUGGGAUCGUAACGAAACAAUGAGCAGAGAGCUCACAUUAAUCGAUUGGGCCAUACAAGUUCAUGACAAAGAUAUUGGAUAUAUUGGAGAAAUAGUAAAUACGUAGGUUCGUGUUCGAAAACUGAAACAAAUUCUGUCGUUUUUGAGCUUGUUUAGAUACAUAUUCCUUAUUGCACUCUAGGUCAUUAGGUCAGAGCGUACUAUGAAAUUCUUGGAUGUCGUUGUCGAAUGCCUCACCUAUAUUAUUAUCUGAAUUGUCGAGCUACUUGUCUAAUAUAUUAAUAGUUUGUCAAAUCUCACAGAUUCGCUCUUCUGCAAUUUUCCAGCGCACAGCGUUUAUGUAUUUUAUCUCCUUGUUGGUUACUUAGUUGUUAACCGUGGGCGGAAAGUCACGUGUCGUGUAGGCUUAUUCAUUCUAAAUAUGACAAGUGUCUCAGUAUGGCAGUGAGCAGUUCAAAAGAUCAUUCGUUUGUACAGUAUAUAACACCCAAUUUGCUCAUGAAAAAAACAUCGAAAGAUCCAGUACGAGCGUAUGCUAUUAAUCUGUCUAACAAGAGCAACGAUUAUAAAAUUGAAAAGAUAGAGAACUUGGAACAGUUUUGUGAGUUGAGACAGUUGAAUCUUUCAUACAAUCGUAUUUGCAAAAUCAGUGGUUUGUCAACGCUUUGUCAGUUGACUGUUUUGAACCUCUCACAUAAUUGUCUCGUGUCCCUUAAUGGCAUCCAAUCCUUGUCAAAUCUCUUGGUACUGAAAGUUAAUAACAAUCAAAUUACAUCCAUUCCUAAAUGGCUGCCUAAACGGUUACCGAAGCUGAAAACAAUCCACUUUCACUACAAUCAAAUUGAUACUCUUCAUCAAAUAACAUACUUGAGAUCUCUGUCUAAUCUCACAGUUUUCACAUUUGAAGGCAAUCCAGCGGUUAACCAACUUAUAAUAAAUACUAAUAACAGCUCUAGUAGUGAUGAAGCUGCAGUGCGAAAUACCAUUGAAAAAUUUGACGCUCAGUCACUUUGUCGAAUAUUUAUAAUAUUUCAUUUAUGUUCACUUAUUUUACUGGAUAACAGAGAAGUUCUUCCAUUUGAAAGACAAGUAGCAGAACAACGAUUCUCUCAAGUUGAAAUAUCGAGAUAUUUAAACAAGUUAAACACGUAUGAAAGUCAAUUAAAAGAAGUAGAGACGAAAAACUCGCUGUUGAAAAAAGAUCUGUCACAUGAACAAUCUCAGCUAAGUGAAACUUUACACAAAAGAAAGUUGGAGAGUGAUUUAAUUUCUCAUUUAGAAGAAGAAUUACAUGCUAAGGAUAAAUUGCUUCAUUUAAAAUCUGAGGAAUUAGCUCGCGCAUGUUUAAAACAUUUUGAAUUAGAACAGCAAUUAGCGUUUCAUAAAAUUGAUGAGAAAUUGGGCUUGGUUGGUUCAUGUUUAUCAAAACCACGACGUAACUCAUCUUAUGUUCACCAAGUUCCAGAUACUGGUGAUCAACCUUAUCUAGGUAAAUGUAUGUUUAAAUAUACAUCAACAAAUAAUUCAAUAAAUGAUCAUUCAGUUGAGAAUAAAUGUCCAUCUGAUAAUCAUCUAAUCAAUAUACAAAAUAAAAUGUGUUCAAAUAUAAACGAUCAUAGUGACUGUCAUAAAUCAUAUCUUAAUUGUUUGGAUAAUAAAUUAGAAAAUAAUUGUCAUGAUAAUAUCCAUGAAAAUUCUAAUGUUACACAUCAAUAUUCUUCUGAUAUUGUACCACCGAUUAAUGGAAAUCAAGAAUUAAAUCCUGAAUUAGAUCGUAAUCUGAUCAGCUUGAAUAAUCAAUUCAGUCACUUACCUCAAUCAGAUCCACCACCCAAUCGUUCAUCCCCAACAGGUGAAUUGUUUCUUGAUAAGGUUCGUAAGUCCCCAACACUUGACAAACCUCUCGAUGAUGUAAAAUCAUCUGAUUUAUUGGAAGAGAAAACAUCAACUAGAUCAUCAACACAACCAGAGAAUAAAGUUAUAGGUAAAUCAUUCAAACAAUCAGAUGUGGAACAAAUUCAAAUGAAAUUAUCUAAAUUACAGUCUGAAUUAGUGCAACUUCGAAUUAAAGAAUCAACUAUACAAAAUAACACUGUUUAUCAUAAUAAUAGUAAUAUCAAUGAUAAUAACAAUCCUGAAACAAAUGAAUUGAAUAAUCGUAUAAAAAUAUUAGAAAGUGAACUGAAUCAAAUGUGGACUAUGGCACAUCUAUUAAAAUCUGAAUCCAAUCAAAAUGAAUUAACUAGUCGAAAUAAUAUCACUACUAAUAAUGUAUACUUGAAUUCUUUCGUGACUUUACCUAAAUCAUCGUCAGAUAGAGUAAAACAUGCUAACCUCUCCAAAUCAGACAAGAAUCCUAAAUAUUUUUCAUAUGAAUUCUCGAGACAAAACUCGCCUCAUCAGAAACGUGAACGACGUUUUAGUCUUCCUAGUAAGGAUAUUGAUCUGAAACAAAUUUUAUCUGGUGAUAAUUUUAAUCACGUCAAUGGGACAACAAGUGUGGGCUCGGAAUUUGAUUCAUGUGAAGAAUUUGUGGAUAGUCCUCGAAAAUUAAUCAAUAGUUCCAAAAAGAAAGAGAGUCAUCAGUUCACAUUAUCACAUGAUCGUUGUAUGGGCUCUGUCACACCAUCAACUCCCAGUUCUCGUACAACAGGAACAGGGCGUAGUGCUUUAUUAUCUAUGCAUACUCCUCGUUCAAAUGACUUGUACACAAUGGAUCAUUUAUCAAAACCCUUCGUUUCUGUUAGUGCAAGAAAUACUUUGGAUCAUUCAAGAAAAAAUUUACACAAUGAUGUUCAUGAAUCAAAUAACAGUUGUAUUCCAUGUGAAUCUACUACUAUGCAAGCGAAUAUCCAUAAUACUCAAGAUAGUGUUCCGAAUAUACAACUUGAACGUACACGUGGUUCAGGUGUUGGUGGUCCUCUUCCUCUUACAAAUGCUUCUCAACCAUCAUCAUUUGAUUCGUUUCAAUUAUAUUCGUAUACUGCAAAUUCUAAUGAAGAUAAUAAUAAUAAUAAUAAUGACAAUAAUAAUAACAAUCAGUCAUCUGAAAAUUCAGAUUUUCAAAAAUCUGAUAACUUUAGAAGGUAUCACAUCUCCAGACUGCCUAAACCUAAUCCUACUCGUACUUUAUCUCGAGGCUCAGAUCUUUUACAGUUCAAUAGUGAUCAAGCUUGGCCAUAUAAUCGGAAAAGUAGAAAACUAAGUUCAAAAUGUCGUUCAUAUAGAAAUUUUUCACGAUUGGGAUCUUGUGUAAGAGCUAAAUGGUCUAAACAAAAACAUAAACAACCACGAUCUCGUAGUGUUUCACAUAAAUCUGAAAAAAAUAUGUCAGAUUCGAAUAAUUCAAGCCAAAAUUAUAGUCUAAGUGAUCAUGCAGAAGAACUUUUGAAUUUAAUUGUAAUGUCACGAGAUGCUUGUUCCAUGGAAGUAGAUCGUAUACGAGAAGACUUAUCAAGAUUGUAUAAAGCCGAUUCAAAACGUCAAACACAUUUAGAUCAUAAAAAACAAAGUGGUAAACAACAUAUCUAUGUUGAUUGUGUUCGACCGAUGCGAAAUCACGUUGAUUCUUUAAAGACUAGAUAUUCACCCGCUGGCGAUGAUAAUGACGAUUGUAGUUUUACAGAAUGUCAACCUACUGUGUACCAAAAAGCACAAUCACUUACAAAUUAUCAUCAGUAUCCUUCUGAAAGUAACAAUAAUAAUAGUAACGAUAAAAAUCUCAAUCCAAAUCAUUCACAAUAUAAACCACAUACACGUAGAUUACUGCCACAUACUAAAUCAUUUGAUGACUAUGAUGGAUUCGAUUUGAAUGAUCAUCAGCUUGACAGUAGUAAUCAUAAUAAUGAUGAUUUUUGUGCAGCUGAUAAUAAUUAUAACGAUCAAAUGAAUUAUUUCUAUCAUCGUCAAGAUUAUAAACGACAAAAUGAACCACCGGUUAAUUUUAAAGAUCAUUGGCUGCCGAAUGGAGUACAGGACCUUAACUGGAAUAAUGAUCAGAAAAAUUCUAUUCGUUCUUCCUCAAAUCGUAGGCCGACAUCUUUACAUAAAAGUCGAGUUUUUAGUCGACGUCCAAGAACAAGAUCAAUACCUCGUCAGCAUCCAAUCAACGCUAAUUUCUCACCAUAUCAUAACAACACUUAUAGAAGAUUUUCUCGUGGGCAUUCACUGGAUUAUACUCAUCAACAUCUUAAACAAUCCGCAUUACGAAACUCUGCAACUAGUUUACUAAAUGAUAUAGAAUAUCAUGAUGUUGAUCCAACAUCUGAAACUGAAGCAAUUAUUCAUUUAACAGACGAACUAUUUGGAUUACGUCAAGGUUUGAAGCGAACACGUGAAGCUAACUCAGAAAGACUUGAAGUUGCGUUGAGACAUAUUUCAUUGCUCGAAUUGGAAUUACAACGUCAACGAUGUUUAAAUCAUGAUGCAGAAGUGGCUAGACAACGUGAAGUUGAACGUACACGAUGGGAAAAGCGUUUAGCUGCAACACUUAAUGAAUUAAAAUAUUGUCAAAUAGAUAUUGGUAAACUUCGAGAACAAGUUGAUCAAUUAGAAUCAUCUAAAAAAAUUACAGAUCAAUCUGAAUUAAAAUUAGAACGUCAACGAUUAGAAUUAGAUCAGACUAAAGCAACAUUGGAUGCACAAAAAGAAGAGAUAACCACUUUGAAUAAUCUACUCAAUUCAUUAUUGGGUCUUAAUCCAAAUGAUGUAUCUCCUAACGAUCUACAACGCUUACAAGUUGGUCUACUUGACUUACAUAAACAUAUGCAACCAGAUUGUGCCAAUCAAUAUUGUCACUACCAAAGACAGCAACAUGUACCAAAUCCUAUUCAUCCUCGUCAAACUCUUUAUCGUACUCAAUCUCUAAUGACUGGUUUGACUGGUGUACCAGCUAAUGAACGUAUGAACAAAGUGGAUUGGUUAAAUUCCAAUAAUACAGCACCGCCUAUUACUCAGUCAUCUGGUGGAAAUCACCAGUUAUAUUGCAAUGUACCUGAACAUCAUGAUUUAGAAGAUUGUCUUGGUCAGUUACAAUAUAAAAUUGAAGAGUUAUAUGAUCAGCAUGAAACUACUCAGAAUAAAUUGCGGCAUAAUAUGAAAAUACGCAGAAAAUUAGAAUGUCAACUAGAGGAACAAGAUUCUAUUUUAAAUCGAUUGAAAUCGGAAUUAAUGUCCUGUCAAGAAGACUUGAAAAUAGCAAAACAAGAUGUUACACGUUUAUCGUGUGAAAAGGAAGCUGCACAAAAAUCAAAGCAUGAUCAACUAGCCGGUAUAGUUACAGAUCUAGCCACUCUAGAAGCCACAGUUUCCCAACGUCGUACAGAACUCACUACACUUGAUACGAAUAUUCAAGAUUCUGAUCAACAGCUUUCAAUAAUUAAAGCACAAGCUAAAGAAGCUGUUUCAAAAUAUGAAGAAGCUAAACGUGAAUAUGACAAUGUAAAGUCACAAUUAGAUAUGAUACGUUCGGAGAAAUCAUUAGCUGAUGAAAAUUUGGAACAGUUACGUACAAAAUUAUCAAACACUAAACUUCAGGUUGAACGAUUGGAGUCAAAUAAAUCUAACCUUGAAAAUCAACUUACACAAUUAGAAGAUGCUGUUAAUGCAAAGAAAUUGGAAUAUAAUCAGCUACUACCCAAUUUGAGUGAAUUGGAAACAAGGUUAACCCGCACUCAGCAUGAUAUUCAAAUUGGUGCUGAACGUAUACGUAGUGAUCAACACUUAAGAUUAGAAGAUGAAAAAUUAUCAGCUACACGUCAAGCUGAAUUAACUCGGUUAGCUAGACAAAUCGAAGAAGAUAAACUUCGUCUCGAGUUACUUGCACAAGAUACAGAAGCAAAAAAGAGUGAAUUAGAAUUAAUUAAAGCUGAGAAACGUCGUGAAUUAGAGAAUUCGAAUUCCAUAGUUCGAGAGUUAGCUAACCAAACAGCGAUCAAACAACGUGAAUUAAAUGAAACACAAACAUCAUUAAAUGCUUCUCUGGAUGAGAAAGAACGUAUUUUACAAUCAGUUAAAACACUUCGUUUAGAACGCGAUAAUAUACGCACAGCAUUGGAACAAGAACAAAAGUCUGUUGCAGAAUUGACAGCAUUAGUAACACGACAAAAACGUGAAUUUGAACAUCUCACUGAAAUGUCUCACUUAGAAGAAUCGAGAAUAUUGAAUUUAAGCUCUCAACAACGUGAUUUAAUUAAUCAAUUAGAAAAAUUACAAAUUCAAUUAAAUGAAGAAAAAGAAGAACUACGUGAACGUGAAGUUGCAAAAAUUAGAAAAAAUACAGAAUAUGAAAAUGUGCGUAAAGAUGUUGUACGUGAACAGUCAGAAUUGGAGCGUAUUCAAAAGGAAAAAGAACAAGUAGAAUUGGAACUCACUCAUCUUCGACAGGAACGGGAUAUAACUAAAUCUCAGUGGGAUAGUUUCCAGUCAAAAAUUAAAGAUUUAGAAAAUCAAAAAGUCCAGCUACAUGAUUCUAUCUCUGAAGCUAAUUUAACUUUAGCACGAAUUAAAGCGGAAUCUGAAUCAGCAUCCAAUUUACUUCGACAGAAAAACAUUGAAUGUAAUGCAGCUUUGGCUGAUUGUGAUAGAAUGUUCAAACAAACAUCUGAUAGUCGUGAUGAAUUAAAUAUUGCUCAGCAACGUUUACAAAAAGCAAAUGAUUUAAAACAAUCAAUUGAAUCAAGUCUCAAUGAACAACGUCGUCAACGUGUUCUAUUAUCAGAUGAAUUAAAUCAUUUAGAAGAAGCAGUACAUACAGGAAGAUUAGCCAAACAAUUGGCAGAUGAAAGUAGGGAGGCUAGUGAAGAAGCACUUAAAAGUGCUGUGAAUAAAUUAAAUAAAAUGCAAACAGAAAAAAAAUUACUUGAAGAAGAGUUGGAUAGUUUACGAAUGUCGAAAGACAAUGAACUCCACUAUUUAAAUGAGCGUCUACAUAAUACACGUCAACAUUUAGAAUCAGUAGAAUCGGAAUUAUCACAGAAAUCUUUAAAAUUGAAUGAAGUCAGUGAAAAAUUAAAUACAUUACAGAAUGAAUAUAUUAAAAAAGAACAAACAAAAUCCAAUAGUCCAGAAUUAGAGAAAGAACUGGAAAAAUGCAAACAACAGCAAGUUUUUUCACGAUUAGACGAUAGAAAUAAACAACUAACUUACAGUCAUCAGUUCAAUGAAUUGAAAAUUGACAAUAUGACUAAAUUACAUGAUAAAAUUAAUAAUAAUAACCUUUUACAAGCUUUAAUGGAUACCAAAUCAGCAUUGAUAGCUGCUCAACGUGAGUCGAAACGUUUAAAACGUCGUACAGCACGUGAAGUUGCUGAAUUAGAACGUGUUGCUGAAGAACAAUGUAAUCGUGCUGGUGAUUUAACGGAACAAUUAUCUUUAGCUAAACGUCAAUAUGCUCAACUAAAAAGUCAGAUUGCUACUUAUGGAAUUCUGAUGGAUGAAGUGAUUACGAUUGCUUCUCAAACAGAAUUAACUGAACAUGGUAAACGUUUGGAGGCUGCUUUGUCAGCGGUUCGAGCUGAAUUAGAACAGCAUAAUAAUACAAUGAACGCGUCAGUGGUAGAUGAAAAUGGUUGUUCUAAUUCUACAUUAUUUGGACAAAGAAUUCGUGAAGUAUUAAAUCCUGAUUCAGAUUCCAGAAUUGUGAAAGAUCGUUCAUCAAAUGAUCAAGAGAUUCAGGAGAUUACCGAUCAUAAUUAUUCAGCAAAUGGAUUACAAAAAUCCCUAUUAUUACUGACUAAUUCAUUUCAUGAAAUAAGCCAUUCUCCAAGCAAUUUUCAUAGUGUUCAAUCGUUAACUGAUUCAUUAAAUGGUUUAUGCAAAAAAUCGAAUCAUUUCUCAUAUAGAUUAUUUCCUAAUAAUGAUUCAGAACAUGUGGUAGAUGAUCCAGAACUAAACUACACCACUUCAGGACUAGGUUCCAGUGUUAAUCCUGGUACUCAAAUUGCGAGUAAUGGUGGAAGUGUUCAAGAAAAUUCAACUAUACUGUCACCAUCAACUUUAGGUGAAUCAAAACCAGUCAAAAGUAAUAAUUGGAAGCAAAACGUCAGUAGUGGUUCUGUAGGACGACAACGGUCUCAUGAUGAAACGGCCCCACUUGCAACUUCUGGCUUUGUGAAUCAUUCCCGUACAUCUCGUCAUUUUAAAUCUGGAUCCUCUCGAUCUUCUAGACCUGGAUAAGAUGAAGCCCCAAGCCCUUUGAAGCAAAUUGAUAUUAGAAAAAAGUGGGCAACAGCUACGAUAAAAUGAAUAAUCGGAACGUUUAUC